AUGUCCUCUUUACCUAGAUCAAUACAAGAUCUAAGAGACAUUGGUACAACUUCUAAAGUACCAAUGGUGAUUAAAAGGUUGUUUAAAUCACCACGGAAUUUGGAUUUCGAAACAGCAAUGUGGGAAAUGAUAAAUCUUAUAUUUAAACCUCGUAAAGCGUUUAGAUCCUCAUAUUAUAGACGUCAAAUUAAGCAUCGACUAUCACGAGAUGAUCCAUCGUUUUUUAUUUUACAGAUAAUUCUGUUAAGUGUGAGUUCUACGGUUUGGUCAAUUCAAUAUGGGCAUUCUUUUAUGGAGUUUGUGCGUAUUAUGCUCAAUAUGAUUGUUGUGGACUUCUUCUUAUUUGGGUUUGCUAUGGCUACAAUGUUCUGGAUUGUGCUAAAUAGGUCUAAUUUUAAAUUCAAGUCUGCCAAACAAUCUCAAGUUGAAUGGGCUUAUUGCUUUGAUGUACAUUGCGAUGCAUUCCUGAUAAUUCUUGUGCUACUUUACUUUCUGCAGUUCUUCCUGCAACCUUUAAUAAACUUGCACAAAUGGAUAGGUUUGUUUGUUGGUAAUACACUCUACUGCGGCGCUAUUGGGCACUACUUUGUCCUUACAUUCUACGGUUACAGUCAAAUGACAUUUGUUCGGAAUGUAAACUUUAUUUUACUCCCUACUGUGGUAAUAGCAGUAGUGUACUUAAUUAGCCUAUUUGGCAUCGAUUUAUCGACCUAUUUGAGUUUCUACAGGUACCAAAAGUAG